AUGUCGGCCACCACGAGCGACAUCAAGCUCGCCUCCAUAGCCAUGGGCUUCACCCUCGGCUUCGGUCUGCUGACGGUCUGGGAGGCCUGGAAGCAGACUCGACGGAACCGAAAUCCCCUGCGAAGUACUUACAUCUACAUGCUCUGGGGAGAAAUCGCGGCCAACUUAAUCAUCACUGUCAUCGGAUGGGUGUUCUUGGAUGGAAUUAUCGGGCCGACUGUCCCGGUUCUCUUCUUCAUUCUGUUCUUCUGGGUUUUCCAGGUCCAACUACUUAUGCAGAUUAUCGUCAACCGAAUUUCUAUCAUCGCCGAACACCGAUCUACAAUCUUCAAGAUAAAAUGGGGUACGGCCAUUCUCAUCACUCUCGUGAACGUUGCCGUCUUUGUUAUAUGGAUUCCAUCCCAUACUGUUCCCCCUGUCAAUGACACAUUCGUCCGUAUCAAUGAAGUCUGGGACCGUCUUUCCAAGGUCAUCAUCCUCGUGGUCGAUGCAGGUCUCAACUGGUACUUUCUCCGAACUGUCAAGAAGCGACUGGUCGAACAGCACCAGUUGACCAAGUACAAGCCUCUGGUCGGCUUCAACGCCAAGCUUAUGGUUGUUUCCGUUCUUAUGGAUGGCAUGCUGAUUGGCCUCAUGUCGCUUCCCAACCAAGUUGUCUACGUCCAGUUUCACCCUGUCGCAUACAUGGUCAAGCUCAACAUCGAAAUGUCCAUGGCCAAGCUCAUCACACGUCUCGCAAAGGGUGAGAACGCCGAUGACUACUACCCCUCAAUGUCCCAAUCAGGCCACGGCCACAGCAACCAACGAACGAACGACGCCCCAUGGACGCAGGGAAACAACGUGCAGUUGACACACCGAUCCAGGGUCGUCGCCGGAGACUCCGAUGAUGACCUGCCUGGAGCCGCGCACCGAAAUAAUGGUGGACCUGGUAUCCACCGCCGAACGGAGUUUGAGGUCACGGUUGAGACCAACCACAAGCCUAAGAGGAACCCAUUCGGGGAGGGUGUUGAGAGUGGAGACGAGAUGCCCCUGACUUCUCAUACCGGACAUCCAAAGCAGGUCAUCGUGGAGGAGACCAGUCGAAACCCUUCGUUGUCAAGCAGCAGACGAUCUUGA